CUUCGCUCUCUCACACACAGACACACAGUUACAGGACACACAGACCACUGUCUCUAACACUCCUACGGUUUACAUACUACCUUGUCUGUUUUGCUGGCUCUACCACAGAGUCAUUGGGGACAGAUUACCUUGGACAAAGCACAGGGACCCGGAGCCUUAGACCUCUCAUCUCCCUAGUAGGACCAAGCUAAAAAUGGGCAAGGCCUUCUGUAUCGUGGCUUCCCUGAAAGGAAUGUUUGGUCCUGCUGAAGGAGAACAAGACUGUGGCCACUGCUAUCAGAUAGACAUGGUGGCAGUGGUGGGCAUCAUCGCCUGUGACAUCAUCCUGACCCUCCUCAUCGCGCUAGCCGUGUUCUGUUUUGCUACCUUCCGGAAGAAGAGGCGUCAACAAGAGUCCCGACUGGAGGGUAAAGGGAAAACACUCACAGCAUCAAAGAGGAAGACAGUAGAAAUCACAGAGUCUCCCUACCAGGAGCUGCAUGGAAUUCAGUCAGACGUGUACAGUGAUCUCCAACAGUUUCGGAAAUGAGACUACAUUUUUGGACAGGACUGCAUGUAUCAUGCUGCCUGGUGCUUAAAUCUGACAAGGACGGAACUUUGCACAUCUGGGAUUUAUAUUCAUACUCAUCUCCUUACUGUUAUCUUUCAACUUUUGUGUGUCUGUCUAAUUGUACAGUUAAUAGAAUAGCAUAAGACACAUUCAAGAGAUAUUGUAUAUAUUUUACAUACAUUUACCUGUUUAUGUUUGAUUAAUAGGGUACCUUUUAUAGUGGUGUUUUGUAUUAUUUACAUGCAAUUUUAUUGCAUUAUACAUCUGUUUUAUUUGACAUAAUUAAAUAAUUUCAGUUGAAUAAUAGGGUUAUUUUAUUAUAUGUUUCAUAAGCACAUCAUUUGUAUAUUGCCAGAAACAGUUUAUGGAAGCCCCAUUAAUAUUGCCCACAGGAUGUUGGUGGCACCUUAAUUGGGGAGGACGGGCUCGUGGUAAUGGCUGGAGCCGGGUAGGUGGAAUGGUUUCAAACA